AUGGGUGAUCACGAGACGUCGAUGCUUCUGGCGCAGCUGCGCUCGGCGUCUAGCUAUUCCGAGCAAGCAGCCGCGUUACGGUCGCUUAAGAAUGAAAUCGUCGGACACACGCAAAAGAAGGAGGCGUUGGUAGCAGCAGGCGUUCUGGAGCCCAUUGUGCGCAUGCUCUCGGCGUCAAGCUCGUCAAGCAAGCUCAACGGGAAGGACUCGCGCUUCAACGCUGCCCCCACGAGGACGCCGACCGAGGAGGAGGCGGUCCGGCUCCAGGCAGUCCAGGCGUUAUCAACGAUCGCUAGUGGCGGCUCACCCUUCCUCCCACCUCUGCACGCCACCGGGUCCAUCUCGGCUAUCCUUGCAACUUUAUCGCCCCUCAACAACUCGCCUCACGUCGUGUACGCCUCUCUUCGUGCCCUGACCAUCCUAGCCGAUGCCGCCGCCGUGGCCCCAGCCGGUUCGCCAUGCGAUCUCCAGAUCCUCGCCGACAGCCUCUUUAUACCCGCCCACAUACAUUCUCUACAAUCCAUAUUACUCGCGGCCCCCCACGAUAGCCUCACGCAAUCCCAGAUUACCUUGGCAGCGGACCUCAUUAGCCGACUCUGUCAUGAUGUCAAUCACAAACUAGCUCUAUCCAAGGCCAACGGGAUUUUGGACGCUCUCGCAACCCGGCUUGCAGGCUUCAUCAUCUCUGACGGACUCGUGAUACCCGGGGCUGAAUGGAGCGACAAGGGUCAGCAGGGCGACGCGGCCGAUUGUAUUCCCGUACCUGCGCCAAGACUAGCCAAGAUAGCGCCCAUUCUCAACGCUAUAGCCGUCGUCAUCGGGGACUCGAGAUACCGUGCCUUCAUGCUCCUCACAUCCCCCGCCAUCCUCGCAGUCCUCCCUGUAGCCCAGUUCAUUCCCGCCCAGGCGGUUAGGGCCGCAUGGCAGGUCGCCGGGCUUUCCACUUCUGGGAACGGAGAGUCGCUGGGGGCCAUGGACUACCUCCUUCCUCCAAUGCCGCAACGCGGCUCUCGACGCGCGCGGCGCAAAUCGGCCGAGCCAAAGGAAAGGAAAGCGACAUCCAUAACAUCGGUGCACGAGCAUAUCCGCUCGGAAUCGUAUGGUCAGGGUGCGGACUCCCAGAGCGGCGAUGGCGACCUACCGGAAAGCCCCUCAUCCCAAACCAUGAUUGCUACCAUCAUUAUCCCGAACCUCUUGCAGCUAAUGCGAGACCACCUCGAUAAACCGUGCAACACGGACGCAAGGUUCAUCGUCGAUGGCGCUACCAAGGAGACGUGGGAGAUACUCGAGCGGGCGCCAGUCCUUCUCGCCAGGCUUAUUGUCGAUCACGACGUCCUCCAGCAAGCAUCUUACGACUGCAAGGCUAUAGAGGUCCUAUCGAAGCUACUACAGGAAAGCUACAAACCUGCCGUCUCAUCGCAGCCCAAAAUGUGGUCUCCUAACCCUGAGCCGGGAAUGGAUAUGGACGAGUACUCACCCACUUGCAAGCUCGGUCCGGCCGGGGAACUUCCUCUUCUACAACACCGCAUCAGGCUACGCGAAAGCGCUCUUAGGGCGAUCGCCGCGUCUCUGGACAAGGAGGAUUACAGAAGGGCGCUCAUGGAGCUCGACGCGGUUCCCUACGUCGUUGAGUCGCUUUCGGUGUAUCCGGGAAAACCCUCGCCGGUCAAGGAGCGUCCCCGACGCCAAGGCGAGCAGCAGUCCGGGGACGCUCAGACCACCGCGAAACCGGAGUAUGGGACAAACCCUCCGAGCGUGCUCAUAGGUGCGUGCAAUGUCGUGCGCAUGCUCUCGAGAUCUGUCAGUGUUCUCCGAACGGCACUCGUCGACUAUGAAGUCUUUGUGCCCAUCCUCAAGUACACCAAGCAUCCCGUUGUAGACGUCCAGAUUGCCGCGAUGGCGGUCAUGGUAAACCUCGUGACAAACGUUAGCCCCAUGCGGGAGGCGCUCAUAGACCAAGGGGUGAUGACGGUGCUCUGCGAGCAUACGCGCUCGUCGAACCCGUCCCUACGACUUAAUGCCCUCUGGGCACUCAAGCACCUUGUCCUCGAGGUCGGGCCAACGUUGAAGAAGGCGGUAGUCGAGGAGCUGUCGCCGGGAUUGCUUUGCCGUCUCAUUUGCGACGACACGGAGGACAACGCACUCGUCUCCUCGCGUGCGGCGACUGAUAGUCCUUCAUUCAGCUCGGAGGGCGUCGACCUAGACGAUGAUGUCGAUAUGCAACACCUAGAUGACCUGAAAGGGUUCGUCUUUGGGUCGAGCACCGGCGCCCCACAGGAGCUGGGGCGGGGACGUACGCGGAUCAUGGAAGAUAGGCUUGCGCGAUACCGCGAGUCGGAGCUCAAUCCGGUGAGGAAGGCGCGGAACGAUGACCUUGCGAUUCAAGAGCAGGGCUUAGACCUAAUACGUAACCUCAUCACGGGCACACGCAACGAAGUGCUGGACCAGAGCAGUCCCUCAGAAACGACCGAGAUGCUGCGGCCCAAGGUAAUACGGCCGUUUUCUCGACGCAACUCUGGGCGCGAAGCACGGAUGAUUUAUCCGCAAGCGAAGCUCAUCGAGAUUGUCAUCUACGUGCUCGUGCAUAUUGCAGCCAGCGUGCCGCGACAUCGGCAGCUCGUUAUCGCACAAACCAACAUGCUUAAGCAGCUAGGGGCACACUUCAACAGCAAGGAGAAGUACGUGCGGGCAGCGCUAUGCCAGCUCGUGACCAACCUGACGUGGCAGGACGAUGCAGAUGACGCGACUGGUUGCAAUCAGAGAGCUCAGGAACUGAAACGGCUAGGUUUCCUCGCGAAACUAGAGUCACUUCACGAGGAUGAUCCGGAGCUAGACGUCAAGGAGAGGGCCAAGGGGGCCCUGUGGCAGAUGAAGAAGGGAUAUUGA